AUCCAAACAUGCACCAACUCCAGCCACCCAAUUCUUUUUCCUACGUACAUUCCCCAUUUCCCUGAAGAAAACAUUGAAACCUAUCCUAAAUACGCUCUUCACAUAUCUUUUGCUGUCAUAGAGGUUUUCUUGUUAGAAUCAAGAAAAUGGGUAAUGAUGAAUUGAUAUUGUUAAGUUACUGGCCAAGCAUGUUUGCAGCAAGGGUCAGAAUUGCACUGGAAGAGAAGGGACUCAAUUAUGAGUACAGAGAAGAGGAUUUGCCAAAUAAUAAAUCUCCUCUGUUGCUCGAAAUGAACCCGGUUUACAAGAAAAUUCCGGUUUUGAUUCACAAUGGGAAACCAAUUUGUGAAUCGAAUAUUAUAGUUCAAUACAUUGAUGAGGUUUGGAAUGAUAAAGCUCCACUUCUGCCCUCUGAUCCUUAUGAAAAAGCUCAAGCUAGGUUUUGGGCUGAUUAUAUUGAUAAGAUACGCGAUAUUGGGUGGAAAAUAACAUAUCAUAAGAACAAAGUAGAGGUAGAGGAAAGCAAGAACGAAUUGCUCGAAAUGUUGAAGGCCUUGGAAGGAGCACUAGGAGAUAAGCCUUAUUUUGGAGGGGAAAACUUUGGAUAUGUUGAUAUUUCUCUUAUUGGAUACUACAUGAUAUUUUAUACCUAUGAGACCUGUGCGAAUUUCAGUAUAGAGGCUGAGUGCCCCAAGCUAAUUGCAUGGGUAAAGAGGUGCUUGGAGAGGAAGACCGUUUCCAAGUCUCUUGGUGAUCCCAAAAUUGUCUAUGAAAUAGCUGUCGAGUGGAAAAAGAGGCUUGGUUUAGAGUAGUGAGGAAUUGUGUUAUGUUUGCGAAUAAACACGAAUGCAUUUGAAAUAGCGGAGAAUUUUACGUCCUAUGUAAACGACAUAAUGCUCGUUCACAAGAGUGUCUGAAUCGUGUUGCGUUGCGUUGUGUUGUGUAAUGUCUUGUUGACGAUUUUUAAUGUGUUUUUAAUAAAGAAAGCGUCAAGUUGUGUUUGUAUCUUAGGUAGUCCUUUUGUUUUCCUUAAGAGUUUUGAAAAGGUGGGUUAGAAAUGCUAAGUUAGUUUUCUAAUUUUUCAGAAAAUUGAAAACGUCACCUUUGACCACCUUCAAAAUAGUCUAUCCUUUUGUUUGAGUUGUAAGUUAGUCCUCAAUUUAUAGAAAGCGAGCGAGUUGAUUCUUGCACUC